ACCAAAAGCAGUAGUACUUCUCUAAUUCACAGUACUUGUCUACUUUCCUCAUGGAGCUCCAUUUGUUUUCCUUCCCAAUUCUGUUUACCUUCUUCUUUAUGUUUAUGGUCCUGAAGAUAGGGAAGAAAUUCAAAACCAACCACUCAAUUACUCUAAAUCUACCCCCAGGGCCAUGGAAGCUACCUAUCAUUGGAAACAUGCACCAGUUUGUUAGCUCUCUACCACAUCAUGCAUUAAGAGACUUGUCCAACAAGUAUGGACCUCUGAUGUACCUUCAACUUGGAGAAGUUUCCACCGUUGUGGUUUCAUCUCCAGAGUUCGCCAAAGAGGUGAUGAAAACUCAUGAUUCAAUCUUUGCAUCAAGGCCCAGUAUUCUAGCUUCAGAGAUCAUGUCCUAUGGUUCUAAAGAUAUCAUCUUUGCACCAUAUGGCAGUUACUGGAGAGAACUAAGAAAACUUUGCAUCCUGGAGCUUUUAAGCUCAAAACGUGUUGAGUCAUUCCGACCGAUUAGACAAGAAGAGUUAUCAAACCUUAUUAAAUGGAUUGCUUCAAAAGCAGGAUCUUCCAUCAAUCUUACUGAGAAACUGUUCUCGAUAAUGUCUAUCAUUACUUCAAGGGCGGCCUUUGGUAAGGAGUGCAAAGACCAAGAAAAGUUCCUUUCCGCUGUUAUGGAAGUUUUCAAGUUGGCUGCAGGUUUCGAUAUUGCAGAUGUCUUUCCUUCUGUUAAAAUGCUUCAUCUGAUCAGUGGUAUGAGCAUAAAACUUGAGAGGUUUCAUAAAGAAGUUGACAGGAUAAUGGAAAACAUCAUCAAAGAGCAUAAAGAGGCCAGGGCAACAACAAAAGCAGGUGGUCAGGCUGCAACCACAGAAGAUUUUGUUGAUGUUCUGUUAAACUUCCUGGAGCAUCGUGGCAGUGAGUUUUCCUUAACGAACGACCACGUCAAAGCUGUAAUCCUGGACAUGUUCAGCGCUGGGAGUGAGACAUCAGCCACAACCCUGACUUGGGCAAUGUCAGAAAUGAUAAAACAUCCAAGAGUGAUGAAGAAGGCACAGGCCGAAGUGAGAGAAGUUUUUAAUAGAAAAGGGAGGGUGGAUGAAGCAGGAAUUACCGAGAUGAAAUAUUUAAAAUUAGUUGUUAAGGAGAUCCUGAGACUACAUCCUCCCGCUCCUCUGCUACUGCCCAGAGAAUCAAUGGAGAGGUGUGAAAUUGAUGGGUACGAAAUUCCGGCCAAAACAAAAGUCAUUGUUAAUGGGUGGGCAAUUGCAAGAGAUCCCAAAUAUUGGCCUGAAGCUGAGAGUUUCAAUCCAGAGAGAUUCCUUGAUAGCUCAAUUGACUUGAAGGGGACAAAUUUCGAGUUCAUCCCAUUUGGAGCCGGAAGAAGGAUGUGCCCAGGCAUGACAUUCGGCUUGGUCAAUGUUGAGUUCCCACUUGCCCUGUUUUUGUAUCAUUUUGAUUGGAAACUUCCCAAUGGAACGAAGCAUGAAGACCUGGACAUGACUGAGACCUAUGGCCUUACAGCUAGAAGAAAAGACCCUCUGCACUUGAUUCCCAUUGCUUAUAAUAAUCCCUUUCCAGUUGAAUAAGCCCUACAUCAAAAAUGUAUCAUCUCUCUUUGGGUUUUCUGCGUACUCUACAUAUCAUGGAUGCUUGUGCACAAAACCGAAUGCAAUGUGUAAGUGGCAUUAGAUUUCUUUCAAAAGUUGUGUGCCUCCCUUCUCUACAAUAAAAGAAUAAAACCCAAUUCUCUUAAGUGUAAA